CUUCAGCGCCACCUAUCACUUGGAUCAGGCACGUCCUAUCAGGCAUUGCUUUAUAAAACUUGUUUUUUUUUUUAGACAUUAUGAAUGAGGAUUUAGUAAUAAAAAAACAACAACAUAUUUAUAGAUUUAUUAAAGUAUGUGAUACAAAGUCAAGUUCGCUAUCUUCAGUAAAGCGGACCCUUCUAAAAGUAGGCCAAUUUGUUUACUAAUGAAUGUGUCCUAUAAUGAAGUGACAACAUACUACAAUAUUGAGAUACAACGUCACAACAUUUUUGUGUCGUUAGCAUGUUUCUAAUUGUCUUGAUAUACUUCUCAGGACUAAUUGGAGCGACGAUUUGGAGAUUUGGUUUGUUACAACAGUUUCUUUCGUAUUUUUUCUAGUUGGCUAAGCUAAUUGUCAUGACAGUCUCAGUCCAGAUUGCCUCAGCCAUCAUCUUGUUGGUCAGCGUGGUAUCCUCCAAACCAGCCUUGAAUGUAGUCCGACGUGACGCGGAACCAGACACUAGCGGACACAUGAAUCUCAGAGCUCAGUUGAUAGAGGAAGAGAUGAAGCUCCGUCUUGGCGGGAACCUGGUUCUGAACGAACAGGAGCAAAUGGUGAACAGGCUGUUGCUGAAGGAAAAGAGAGCCAUCAUAGAAAGGAGUCGUCUUAACAAAACUACAUAUUAUCCUGCCUUAAGCUUCUACAAAUCUAAAAAAUUUGUGGAGUCCACCAACAUUUAUCAGAUCAUUAAAAAAAUGCCAAAAGGAGCUGCCCUUCACCUUCAUGAUCUGGCUAUAACCAGUUUGAACUGGGUUGUCAAGAACGUCACCUACAGAGACCACGUGUACAUGUAUUAUGAUGAUAAAGGCUUUGUACAUCUUGGGGCUUUUGAUACUCCUCCAGCAGACAACCCCUGGGAGCUGGUGAAGACAUUGAGAGCUAAAGCUCCUGACGCAGUCAUGUUUGACAAAAAUCUCUUAAAUAACAUCAGCAUGUUAUCCAGUGAUCCGCUGGAAAUGUAUCCAACAAUCAAUUUAGUAUGGGCUCGAUUCGAUAAGUAUUUUGAACAGGUUAUUUCCCUUCUUUUUAACGCCGACAUCAUGAGAGACUACUACAGACAAGCUCUGGUUGAGUUUAAAGAGGACAAUGUCCAGUACAUUGAGUUGAGAGCGAUAUUAAGCGGGUUUACAGUGCUCAGCGGUACGACUCACGAUGCCGAGUUUGGACUUAACAUCUACAAACAAGUCACGGAGGAGUUUGUCCGAGAGAAUCCGGACUUUUUGGGAGCAAAGAUAAUAAUGUCCGGACUGAGAUUUUUUGAGUCCAGCGCUAUAAAAGAGAGCGUGAAAGUCGCCAAGACUCUACGUCAGAAGUACCCGCACUUUUUUGCUGGCUAUGAUCUGGUGGGGCAAGAAGACCCGAACAACCCUCUGACCUUUUACAGUGCUACCCUCCGCCAGGCCAGCAAGGAGCUACCGUACUAUUUCCAUGCGGCCGAAACAAAUUGGCAGGAAACUGACGUGGACUAUAACCUGGUGGACGCCCUACUUCUGAACACCAGACGAAUAGGUCACGGCUAUGGCAUCUCCAAACACCCGAAACUGAUGGAAAUAAUCCGAGAACGAAAGAUCGCUGUAGAGGUUAGCCCGAUAUCCAAUCAACUCUUGGGCCUUGUGAGUGACCUGAGGAACCACCCCAUGGCUUCUCUUAUGGCCAGCGGCUACCCUGUGGUCAUCAGCUCCGACGAUCCUGGGACCUGGGAGGCGGCGCCGCUGUCGCACGAUUUUUUCAUGGCCUUUAUGAACCUAGCCGGCAAAGAAACUGGAUUAGCCUUCCUCAAGCAGCUGGCGUUGAAUUCUUUUGAAUACAGUGCAAUGAACCGUAGCGAGAAGUCCAGGGCCAAACUAUUAUGGACGUCAAAGUGGAACAGCUUCAUUUUGGAAACAGGUCUAGAACAAGAUUUAGACAUGAAGAUGUGUGUAGAUGACAACCGCUAUAAGUACCAGGGUCUCACUUGCAGCCAAGCAACGACAGAAUCGUCUGCAAAUGUUUGUUACGUCAAAGAAGUGGCGACAGCCUGCUGUCGGUCUUGUACCAUGAGAUGGACAGGAAUGCUUGGCAAGCAAAAAAAAUGUUUUUGUCAUUUUCCUUUGUUGAAAGGCGAAACUAUCUUUAGUGAAAUGAUUACAAGUACAACACUUAUUAAGAGAAGCCGAUUCAGCUCCAGAGGACAUAACCCAAAGCAAAGAGAAGUUCCAGUCAGCACUACCACGGGAGCUUUAUGGAAGCCAGAAGCUGCAUUUCCACAUUAAAAAAAAACUUUCACACAAUUUGGGUACACAUACAUCAGUUCUUCUUCGCUCUCAUUUUAUAUGUUGAAGGGUUCAGAUCAGUAAUCCUAUAUCUGAGAUGAACCGCGUAGUGGUUUCCAGACCAGGUAGUUCUUCGAAUAGUCUUUGGAGAGUCUUGUUCGGGUUCCCUGAUGUAGUAUGCACCAUUGUAGGACAUGGUCAGCAUUCCCAAAAGGGUAGGCUUCGCUCGUCCCUACAUUUAACUUCCGGAACAUAAAUUGUUUCAUUCGGUGAGCAAGCAUUUUUUUGUGGAAACUAAACAAGUAUAAUCACUGGUCAAUGUUGACUGACUGUAAUUUGACAGCAGUCACAGGGGUAACUACUAGUAAGAGUUUCACAAAAGAGAAACAUUAUGCACGAGUGUAAGAAGAAGUAAAAUACUGCACAUUAAGUACAACUGUAUAUUUGUGGGGAUAUUGUGAUAUAAAAAGAAAACAGCAAUUUUAUAAAAUCGUAAUACAGUGUAUAUAUGAAUUAAAAGACAUUCUACACAGCAAGCUUUUCUUUCUAAUAUAUAUAUAUGUGUGUGUGUGUGUGCGGCCCGCCAUUCCCAAACUUUUUUUAAUGCGGCCCUCGAUACAAAAAUGUUGCCCACCCCUGGGCUAGAGCAUUUGAUGUUAUCUCUUGAGCAAGAAGUCUUGAGGUAUAUGACUGUUUAUCCCUUGAUCGAUUGUCUAGCACUAGGGCAUUCAAAGGUGAACCUAGACAUUAGCGGUAGUAGCGGGUGAUGUUUUGACUAUCAUUAUAGCUAUUAUAAGAAUGAAAAUGUGACUCUAUAUGUUUUUGGUUGUUGACUUGUAGCACUAAUUCGCUAGUAAACAACUCAACCGUUGUAGGCGUAUUGUAAUUUAAAUUGUAGACCUUGAAAUAACUUGAAUACUUGGAAGAAUGAUAUUUUUUAAAUUGAUGUAUAUGUAAUUUACCCACCACCCUUUUUUAUUUAGUUAGAAUAUCCACAAAAGCUUAAGUUAAAUGAUUUUCUCUUCACUGUAGAGAUUUUAAAUAGGGUAAGUGUAGAUACUUUUUAUGGCGCGACUAAACAAAAUCUGCUAACAUACGGAAUAACGUGUUGGCAAGGCAACGCUUCAUCUAAACUGUUGCGACGUCUAGAAAACAUCAUUAAAGAAAGCAUCAAAAAUUACACUCACAACAUUACCUUAUUUAAUGAAAAUUUUUGAGCAAAAGUGUCUGAGGAAAAUCGAAAAAAUCUUGGAAGACCACGGCCACCCGCUCCAUCAGAACUACGCCAGGUCGUCGCGAAGUGGGCGACUGCUGUCAAUCAAAACAAGAACAGAGCGGUACAAAAACUCGUUCGUACCUCACUCGGUCAGACUCUAUCACCGCCACUCAUUGAUCAGGGAACAUGAAAAUCACCAAGAUGCCUGUGUGUCAGUGUGUGUCAGUCGCUGAAUAAACUCCUUAUGUUGUGUCUGUUGUAUUUAUGUGUAUGUUUCUGUUGUGUUGUCUUUAUAUGAGAAAAGAGUCCUUGUAAUCACAACAAAUUUCCGUAAGGAUCAAUAAAGCAGUCUUAGUCUUAGUCUUAAUCAUAUGAAUUAGUUGUAUUUAUAUAA